UUAAGAUUGGUUAAGACACGCAUCUGUGAUUUAUACACAAUAGAUUUGCUUUCUUAGCCGAGUUAAUGCCAUGCAAAUGAAUUUCGAUUAUUACUGUGCAGCACCGUAAAUAAGUAAGUUGGUUAUUUUUACUCUCCCUCGGCUGUAUCCAGUGCUUGCAACCGAUCAGAGGCUGACAACGGGCGCACAAAAUUUGCAGAAUUGAAAUUACACUAAUUCAGCUUCAAAAUGGUGGAAAAACUAUCCAAAGCACAAAUCGCAGAGUACAAGGAGGCGUUCAACAUGUUUGACAAUGACAGGAACGGCACCAUCUGCUCGCACGAGCUCGGCUCAGUCAUGCGUGCACUGGGGCAGAACCCAACCGAGGACAUGAUCAGAGAUAUGAUUGCAUCCGCGGAUAAGGACGCUAGUGGUAACAUCGACCUUCAGGAGUUCCUCAGCAUGAUGUGCACCGUGCAGAGUGGGAAGACGCAGGAGAUCCGCAUGGCCUUCAAAAGCAUGGAUAAGGAUGGCGACGGAUUCAUCACCUUCGGCGACUUGAAAAAGACGAUGCAAGAGUGUGACGAGCACCUGUCAGAUGACGACCUCAAGCGCAUGAUCAUUGAUGCAGACUUGGACGAAGAUGGUCGAGUAAGCUACACUGAGUUCGUGCAGUUCUUCAAAGAUCGAGAGUAAUAGCAGAGGGACUGAAGCUAUCAAUUUACUCCACAAUUUCUCAUAUAUAAUUCAAGUUGUAGAUAAAUGUAAUAUCUCACAAGCAUUCUUCUGUAUUUUGUGGAUGCAAAAUCGUGAGAUCAUAGCUUUCUCACUGGAACCAGCCUUACACAUCGAAUAGUUUUGUAGAGUGCAAUUUUGCUCGAAGAAAAUAAAACACUCAUAAUCGGG